AUGGUUAUUAACAUCAUAUUCAUAACGCUGCAGAAGUUACCAAAAAAGUUCACUAGAAAAUAUGGUUCUGACCUAUCAAACCCAUUGUAUCUUAAGCCUUCGGAUGGUACUGAAUGGAGAGUAGAUUGGAUCAUUCAUGAUGGUGAAAUUUUGUUUAAAGAAGGUUGGAAAGAGUUUGUUGCAUAUUACUCUCUUGAUGAUGGCCAUGUGUUAUGGUUUGAGUAUAAUAUUGGAACUUCUCGCAUUGAAGUACAAAUAUCUGACAUGAGUGGCCUCGAAAUAGAGUAUCCUGUCAAUGAUCAGAUCAAAGAGCACCCGCCACAACACAGGGGUGAGCCGGUGGAAAGGCCAAAAGAACAACAAACUAGAGAUGUGGAUAGCAGUCCCAACACUCAAAACAUGAGACUUAACGAGGUACGGCAGAAGAAAAGAUUGAAUGAACCACUACUAGGAGUCUGGGGCCAACCGAGGAAAAAACUGAGAGCACCAGUGUCAUCUGCUUCUAAAGGUAGACAGUUGGAAAAUGACACACAAAUCAGGGAAGGUAUUAAAUUUGAAAAGAAAAACCAUAAGAUGCCAGUGUCUAUCAAUCAAGAUUCUAAUGGCAAAAGAAAUAGAAAAAGAAAAGAUUCUGAAUCUUCUGUUAGUCCCUGUCUUGCAAGACCUGAAUCUCUGAAAGAAGCUAAGAAGUUCAAGUGGGAAAAGUCCUCUUUCAUCAUCAAGAUAAAGCAACUGUCUCAAACGAGAGCACCACGUUACUUUCCAACUAAAUUCUUCAGGAAGUAUUUUGUAAAUAAUCCACAAAAUGCUAAUAUAAGGUUUGGAAAGAAGUUAUUCCCUGUUAAGUUGAUCUAUAGGCCAUCAUCAUGUGAUGCCUUUAUGUCUGCUGGUUGGAACUUUUUUGCUCGAGCUAGUAAAUUACAAGCCGGAGAUGUUUGUUUGUUUAAGCUCGUCAAUAGAAAAGAUCCAGUGCUUGAUGUUCAUAUUUGUCGUCGACAACGCCGCGGUAAGGCAAUUGUUUAG